AUGUCCAUAAAGAGACCCCUUAAUCACAUUACCGAGCAUAUGGAAGAGCUCUCAAUUUUUUCCUUGCCAAAGGCUGUAGAUGGAGUCGAAGGCCAAGAUGUUUGCGGCGAGACCUCCAGAGAUGUAUUGGACGAUGACGUGCCAAGUCUGCAAUUCAGCUCACACACUCCGUCGUCUUCGAAGUACGAGGAGGCCGAGAAGAUCACCGGGAGACGCUCAAGCUUGCAGAAUCUCGUCCAGGGCCAGCCGAACGAAGCUUUGAUUCGAGACCUGCACUUGGACAAGGAUUCGGAACCUUCUCAGUUUCUGAAAAGAACUUCGAAUCAGUUUGCCGAGGUCUGCAAAGGCCAAUACCGAGUGAUAUCGUUUUACGAGCUGCAGAAGAGUCCGAUUUUGGAAAGGACUAGUGGCACACAGUCCACUGGCGGAGCCCUAGUUACUCCGUAA